AACCCCCAUUGUACCGUAGUUACCUAUGUAUAACAUUUAGGUUUACUAAGUACAACGUAUGUAAGACGAAUAUAUAAUGACUAAGGUGAAAUAAAUAAAGUCAACUUUUGCUAGUACUAUAUACUAUUUUGCUAGUACUAUAUACUAUUUCGUCUGUUUUACAAAAAUUGAUCUAUUUUUUUUAGUUCGUUAAAAAAAAAAAAAAAACUUUUUUUUAUUUUUAGCAAUAUUUUACUUUUAACUUUCAACGUGGUAUACUUAAGGCCACAGGAUUAAAGUAUCUUUCAUUUAAGACCACAAAAUUUAAAAAUCUUCCUCAUUUUCUUAAAGUCCGUAUCAAAUCAAAACAGGUAAUUCUUUUUAAACGGAGAAGUAUGUCAUGUGCACCUAUUAUGUCUAUUUUUGUAAUUUGAAUUCUUGCUCCAUUUGUAUAAGAUGCAAACUCCAGUCUAGCUAAUAAGCUUGAUCUGCAAAUCAACUUUUGGAAGAAACUGGUUGAUUAGUGUAAAAGAGUUCAACAGCUUUUCCAGUUGAAAAAGAUGACUGAAGUAGCAGUGAAUUCUUUGUUGGAGAAUUUGUUAGAGUUGGCCCGUGAAAAUGUUGAUUUGAUUGUUGGUGUACAAGACGAUGUGAAAGAUCUAACCGCAGAGCUUCAAAUACUCAAAGCUUUUCUACAAGAAGUUUCAAAGAUCAAUAGAGACACUCAAAGUUGGAAGCAGACAAUGAAAGACAUCAGAAAUGUGGUUUACAAAGCUGAGGACUCCAUCAACAAAUUCCUUGGUAGGGCUAAACAACACCGAGACAGUAAUCUAGCUGCAAAAUGGAUGGACGUUACAUAUUGGACCUCAGUCAGGAAUGUCGCUAAGGAGAUUAAGUCCAUCAGGAUUGACCUGAACGAUCUUCAAGUCAAAUAUACACCUCUUUUGGAGGAGGCCACUCAAUUGAGCACUCUAUCGAGGACAACUCCACAGCCCAUACAGGUAAAUUUGUCAGAUGAAGACGAGGUUGUUGGCUUUGAGGAGGAAGCAUACACAGUGAUUGGUAAGCUAAUUGACGGAUCAAAUAAUCUAGAGGUGGUUCCAAUUGUCGGUAUGUCUGGCCUUGGCAAAUCAACACUUGCAAGAAAGGUUUAUAAAGAUUCAAGAAUUAGUUUUGAAUUUUUCAGUUCCAUUUGGGUCAAUGUCUCUCGUUCAUAUAAUAAAACGGAAGUUUUGCUCAGUAUUCUUAAACGUUUGAGGAAACAACUUGACGAUGAGAGUGAUGAACAAAUGGUUGACGAAAUUCGCACCCGCUUGGGGUAUGGAGGGAAGUGUUUAAUCGUCUUGGAUGAUGUGUGGAGCACGGACAUUAUAGAUGUUAUAAUAGAUGUUUUCCCGGACAACAACAAAGGCCAUAGAAUCAUGCUGACCACUCAGUUAGAAGAGGUGGCUUCUUGUUUCAACCGUGAUUUUCAUAAGCUAACCUUUCUAAGUGAAGAAAACAGUUGGCGCUUAUUCAAACUGAAGAUUUUCAGGAAAGAAUGUUGCCCGCCUGAGCUUGAAGAAAUAGGACGUAACAUAGCUAAAAAAUGCAGUGGGCUACCACUUGCGGUAGUGGUAAUUGCGGGAGUUCUAUUAGGCCGUACAACAAAAAGGGACUGGCAGUUUGUUUAUGAAAACAUGGGAGCACAUCUUAUAAAUAGAGAUCAACCAAACAGCUGCUUCAGGUUUAUAAAAAUGACUUACGAUCUGUUGUCUUAUUACCAACAGGCGUGUUUCCUUUAUUGUGCUAGCUUUCCUCGAGGUUUUGAUAUUCCUGCUUGGAAAUUGAUCCGUUUGUGGAUCGCAGAAGGUCUCAUACCAAUUCAGAAUCAUUUAACCCUGGAGGAACAAGCAGAAGAAUAUCUGAAUGAUCUUACUAAGAAGAACUUACUGAUGGUAAUGGAGCAGUCACUAGAUGGACAGAUCAAGACAUGUCGUAUUCACGACAUAUUCUAUGAGUUUUGCAAGACGGAAGCAAUGGUGGAAGACAUUGUCUGGGAGAUUAAAAACGCACCUUCUCAGGAGUUUUUGGAGAUGAAAGAUUUAGGCACAUGUCGACGCCUUUGCAUUGAUUCUUCUACUUUGAAUAAUUUCCUCAAGAAACUUCGUAACAAACCACCUAUGGAGAAUGUCAAGUCUUUCUUAUGUUUUAGCUCAAAACCAAUUGACAACCAAACUCCAGACAUGAUUCAAUCCUUGCACAAGGGCUUUCCCCUGAUUAAAGUCCUCGAUGUUGAGCCCAUAAGAUUUCUCUUUACGAAGGAUUUUUAUCAGUUGUUGCAUUUGAAAUACAUUUCUCUCUCAGGAUAUUUCAAAGUCCUUCCAUCAAUUUUUGUCAAGUUUUGGAACUUAGAAACUCUUAUCAUCCAUAUUACCCAUCCAGAUAGUACUUUCGAGGUAAAAGCAGAUAUUUGGAGUAUGAUGCGUUUGAGGCACCUGCACGUUAACGCCCCUACUAAACUGCCUCCUCCUAGUGCUUCAGCAAGAAAGGAGAGGGAGUGCAACAUACAAACACUCUCCGUGAUUGCUCCACAAAGUUGCACUAGUGAAGUGUUCACCAGGGCUCGUCAUCUCAAGAAGUUAGCUAUUCGAGGUCAAGUUUUUUCACUUUUCGAUAAGAAUGCUAGUAGAUUGAGAAAACUUGCUAUGUUAAAGCGGUUGGAAAAGUUGAAGAUAGUGAAUGAUGAUCAAGACGUCAGUCGAGUUUUAACUCUUCCUGUCAUGGUAUUUAUACUUCCCAAUACCCUGAGGAAGUUGACCUUGUCUAAUACCCAAUUGAAAUGGAAGGAUAUGACCAAAUUGGGACAGCUCGAGUCGCUCGAAGUACUUAAGUUGAGACAGAAUGCUUUCAGUGGGGAGUUCUGGGAGCCAGAAAUUGGCAGCUUCACUAGACUACAAGUAUUGUGGAUUGAGAAGACAGACUUGCAAAUCUGGAGGGCUUCAAGUCACAACUUCCCACGCCUUAAGCGGCUUUUUCUUAUAUCAUGUGAGGACCUUGAAGAAGUUCCAUCAGGCCUGGCUGACAUAGCCAAUCUCCAAGAGAUGCGACUGGAAUGUACGUACAAAGCAGUCAAGUCAGCAAGCAUUAUAGCCAAGAAGAAGCUGGAAGACCAUGCUAGCUCUAGCACCUCCGGGUUCAGACUCUCAGUAUUUCCUCCCCACUUUGAUGCUGAUGAUUCUAGUUAAAACAACAGGUAGACGUCUUUACGCUUCACUUUGGUGUGAGCUAAUGUCCUCUCUGACAUGGUGUGCCUAGAAACUGGUUUUUUUCCCUUCCAAAUAAAGUCUCUAAAUGGCUUUGGAGACAUUGUGUGUUGUUUAUUAUGACAUGUUUUGGAGACAUUGUCCAUGUAUUCUGUAAUUAGCUUGAAUUGAAGUUUGAGACUUUGAGUAUUCUGUUUGUUUCCUUUCUUCAUUAUCUUUGUAAAUUGUACGAUAAAUAUUUCACUCUUUCUGUUGUGGCUAUUUGCUUAA